ACGAGUAGAGACUUGUCGAUAGCGGGAAAAACAUUGAUAUUUAUUAGAAGCAAUGUGUAAAAAUCAAUUUUCCAACAAGAAUAUUAUGUGUUGUUAUCUAAGACAAAAUGGAUAAUAAUAACAAGAACUUGCACAACAUUAUCGUAGACACGAUUGAAAAUGAUUAUAAGACAAAAAAAGUGAAAGAAUCAACUUUAUUGUUGAAACAAAAAAUGUGCAAAACACAUGAUUUAAUUAAGCAAUAUAUUGAAAAAGUGAGAGAAUUUAAUUGUUUGAAAUCAGAUUUGGAAGUUACAAAGAAGGAUGCCAAUUAUAUAAAAUCUAAGUACAAAUCUGUCAUAGAUGAAACAAGAAAACUAGAACUUCAAAUUGUAGACGAUAAAUCGAAGAAUGAAAAAUUAUCAAAUAAGAUAAAGGAAUAUGAGGUAAAUAUAGCUGCAGAUAAGCAAAUUAUACAACAAUUAACGUGUAAAAUAAAAGAGUUGGAAGAUGAGUGUUCUACUAAAAUUAUAGAGUAUGAUCUGCAAAAAACAUCGUUCAAAGAUAAAAUUAGACAUUUGGAACAUGAAUUACAAAAAUCAAAAGUGAUGCACAAAAGAAAGGAAAAAAGAGUUAUUUCCAACAAUUCUGAUACUAAAUUAAAUUUGGAGACAAAAUCUAGUUCAGAUAUUGGUAUCAAUGUAUCGUUAUGUGAUGAUAAUGGAUUAAAGGCAAAACCUGAGAUACAAGAAAGAAGUGUCAUGACUGAUGAAUUUUACAAUAUCAAAGAUGAUCAGUUAUUUUGUGUAAAAUGUGAAUCUCAUUUGUCUUUAGCACUAACCCCUGAAAAAAUAUGCAAAACAAUGUGCACAUAUCCAGACUUAAUUGAAAAAAAUUUUUAUUCAUCAUCAAAAGAGGUUCUUUUGUCCCCAUGUUUAGUUUCUAAUACAUAUCCAGAUUCUACAAAUAGAAAUGAAGAUGUUCUCUCUAGAGCAUCAUUUGUGUCACAUUCGAGACCAUGUAACCAAUAUAAUGAUUCAACAAUUGACAAUCAGAAAUCUCAAUCGGUAUUUCAUUCAAUGUCUGUUACAAUGGAAAAUGAAAAUGAUGAAUUAAAAAAUACAAAUAUUACAAUGCAUACACCGAUUGCAACUAAAUCAUCUAAUAAUCUCAGCCCAAUUUCCAAAACAUGUACUUUGUUUCAAAGUAUGGAUUGUGCGAGAGAGGAUUUCUAUUCCAAUGAUUUAUUAGCUAAGCACUCUUCAUCUAUUGAAGAGAUAAGAAAGCAAAUUCGAUUAUUAAAAGGUCAAAUGAAAAGAUUUAAAAGUUUGAACAAAAAGCCAAAUAUUAAUUCUUGUCAUUGUAUUAUGAAUCAGAACGAUAAUAUUUUGCUAAAUUCAAAUCUAGUUACCUUAAUCUGCAAAGGCAUUGCAGAAUAUUACGAUAAAAGGAAAAAAACUUGCUCUAAAAAUGUAGGACAUAUUGAUUCAGAAAAAGAUAAAAAGAUAAAAAAACAGAGAAGACGUCGAUUGAACAAACAUGAUAAAGACAAAAAUACAUCUAUGUGGAAAAUUGAGAGCUUUGAUGAGAGAUAUUUACAAGAUACGCUUUAUAAUAAAUCUGAAGAUACUAUGCGAGCGACUGCAUGUGAUAUUUUACAAUCUAAACAUAAAUUAUGCAUAAAUAAGAGUAAUGCGAUACCAUAUGUAAAUGCGUCCAGUAAGUUCCUUAAUGACAUUGAUGAUUAUGACAAAAGCGAGUUUAUUUUCUGCAAAGAAAAUGCAUUGAAUUCAACAGAAAAGGUGUCUGUUGAGGAUAAUUUAACGAUGUCUCAUUUAAGUACUGAUAAAUAUGACAGUAUUGAGGAAACAAGCAAUAAUUCCUUAAGUGAAGAUAAUACGAAAUUUAUCGAUUUAGAGAAAAUUUCAUCAUGUAACAGUGAUAUUAGCAUUAAUGAUGCUGAUAUAAUUCCGAAAGAAAAUAAAACUAAGAAAAAGAGUCAAAAUAAAACGAAAUAUAGUGAUCGUUUAUUUAAAAAAAUUCGUAACUUGAAGAGAAAGGUGCAAACAAAUUCAUAUGUAAAUAAAGAAGAGAAUAUUGAAUUAUUCUCUGAUUAUGACAAACCAAUGAAAAAGUUACGAAUUGCACAUACUCCAAAAACAUCAGUUCUCCAAUGGGAUAUCGAUCGAGAAGAUUUUAUACAUUGCGCUACAAAAAGUAAAUCUAAUUUAGAAACAUUCCAACAAAAGUAUGAUCAACAAUUAAAUGCACAAGUUUUGAAUGAUAAGUUAUUAACUGAAAACAAAGAAGAUUGUUCAAUAAACAAGAAAUGUGAUGAAAGAAGUGCUAACAAAUAUAUUAAUGAGACAAACAAUAUUAAUGACAAAAACAGAAAAAUACAAGAGAAAAACUUAGUCUCGACGAAUGGUGGAAGUUGCUUUCAAAAUAACGACAAUUUCACUCUGCCUGUUAUGGAUAUUGAAUGUGUAGCUACAGUUUUGGAAUUUAAUAAAUCUGAUGAUGUCUUGAUUGAAGAUUCAAGCAAAGAAAGUAUGGAGAGAAUAACGGUAGAAAUGUCAAAUAAUCGCGAUCAGCUUGAUGUAUCACAUGAUAAUGUCUCAGAGGAUAUAACAAAAGAUUUAAAGCUUGAAAAAUCAAUUCAAUCAAGAAGUGCUAACAAAUAUAUUAAUGAGACAAACAAUAUUAAUGACAAAAACAGAAAAAUACAAGAGAAAAACUUAGUCUCGACGAAUGGUGGAAGUUGCUUUCAAAAUAACGACAAUUUCACUCUGCCUGUUAUGGAUAUUGAAUGUGUAGCUACAGUUUUGGAAUUUAAUAAAUCUGAUGAUGUCUUGAUUGAAGAUUCAAGCAAAGAAAGUAUGGAGAGAAUAACGGUAGAAAUGUCAAAUAAUCGCGAUCAGCUUGAUGUAUCACAUGAUAAUGUCUCAGAGGAUAUAACAAAAGAUUUAAAGCUUGAAAAAUCAAUUCAAUCAAGAAGUGCUAACAAAUAUAUUAAUGAGACAAACAAUAUUAAUGACAAAAACAGAAAAAUACAAGAGAAAAACUUAGUCUCGAUGAAUGGUGGAAGCUGCUUUCAAAAUAACGACAAUUUCACUCUGCCUGUUAUGGAUAUUGAAUGUGUAGCUACAGUUUUGGAAUUUAAUAAAUCUGAUGAUGUCUUGAUUGAAGAUUCAAGCAAAGAAAGUAUGGAGAGAAUAACGGUAGAAAUGUCAAAUAAUCGCGAUCAGCUUGAUGUAUCACAUGAUAAUGUCUCAGAGGAUAUAACAAAAGAUUUGAAGCUUGAAAAAUCAAUUCCACUAAAAACACAAAUCAUCAUCCAAUCAGAAACUAAUGGUCUUUGUAAAAAUUCGAAAUAUGACACAUAUAAGUUUACUGAAAAUUUACAAGUAAAAUCGACCGAUAUUACUAGAAAAGGAAUGACAUCGAGUGUUGAAUUGGAAUACAUUUGUAAUACAACUAGAGAUGAAAAUUGUAACAAUUGUGAGGUACCGAAGAAUAUGGAUACACAUGAUGGUUCAAUGUCGAAUCAGUUAAUUAAAACAACGGAACAUGAAAAUCGUAAUAAUCAUAAUGUAUCUAAUGAAGUUUCUGAAAUACAAUAUUUACAGAGAGACAGUGAAAUCAUUAUUGAGAAUUACACAAAUGAUAACGAUAUAGUUGAAUCUCUCAACAAAAUAAAAAAUACAUUAGGCAAGCAAAAAAGAAAAGUGUAUGCUAAUGAUAAAGUAACUGAGAUACAAAUUAUUGAAAUUCAGAAAGAAAAUGUAUGCUUGAAUGAACAAAACAAAGAAACAAAGUUUAUCAAUGAUGUUUCCUAUGAUAAUGUCGAACAAUUUCAAACACCAAUGUCUCAACUAACUGCAUAUAUUAAUACAAAAUGUAUCAACCGUAAGCUGAUACAGAAGAAGAAGACAUAUGAUUGUACAAUUACAGACAGAUUUGUGAAGAAACAAUUGAAAAGACUUAUAAAUAGUGCAUGGGAAAAUUCUGUACAUUACGAUGUCAUACAAAAAUUGGCAAACACAUGUGGACCACGUAUUAUAGCCAAAUGUAUAGUAGAAUUUUUAUUAGAGCAUGUAGAACAUGAUCACGCUCUGGAUAAAUCGUUCACUCCCCCAGCACCAUUGAUGUCAACAUAUGAGCAGAAGAUAACAGCAUUAUUAAUCGAUUUAGAGGUGUCGAAACCAACAGUCCUUCACUUUGUACAAGUUGCUAUUGAAUAUAAGCUAUUCAAACUUUCUAGUGAAGUAAAGAUGCGAGUUGACUCACUCACGCGGAUGUAUCUUGUCCUAUCACGUAUCCAGAAAGACAGGGAAAGAGUACGCAUAAUGUGCUGCAAUGCUCUCUACUGCAUGAAUCUUAUGUCGAUAAAUGUUUUAUAUACAGUACUUACCUCCUGGCCUGAAGUGCUUCCCAAUGCUGAGAUUAAUAAAGAAAUAUUACCAAUGUGCAUAGCCUAUCUUAUCGGCUCGCAACAAAUCCAGGGUACACCAUCGAAAAUGUUAUUAAAGAAAUUACUUGCAUUAAAAACAUUAGUAUCGACAUUUUAUAAAUAUGCUUAUACAAAACAAGCAAGAGAUGAUAUUGUUAAAGAGCUCAUGACUCUUCUCAAAAGUAAACGGACUAAUGGGUUAGAUACAGCCAUUAUACUUGUUGCAAAAAGAGGAGGAUCAUCUUGGACAUAUAAAAAUAUCAUUCAAUCUGCUCUAUUGCCAAUGAUAAUCAACUAUGAACAUCCUUGUAUAUAUAGUGCGUUUUCAUUACUUGGAAAGCUUAUGCGGGCAUUUCCAUUAGAAGAUAAAGACAAUAUUGUGCAGGAGAUUAGUGAACAGCUCUGUGAUCUUAUCCAGUCUGGUCAAGGUCCACAUGAUCAACAAGAGGGCGUAAUAUCUGCAUUGCUCAGUCUUUCCAGACAGAAAUUUGAUGUUGUUGCGCCGUCUAUAAUAAGGUGGGCGCCGGAAAAAUCUUUAAGACCAAUUGUCAUCAAACAGUUACAAGCGUUUAUAAAUACACAUAAUCGAAAAUUUUGGAAAAAUUAUUUACAGCGUAUCGAAUCAAAAUAAAACAUGCUAUGUCAAUUGUGUUAAAUGACAGACUGACAUUUGUAUAUUUCAAUUAUCAUUAUAAUAUGUUUUACAGUUAAUUAAACAAAAAUAUAGUGACAAGCAAGAGAUAUCUUAUGGAUAUGUGCGAUUAUAACGCAUGUUGUUGCCAAAUUUACGAUACAGUUACGAUUAUUCAUUUUGUUUUAGCGAAAUAUAUAAAUAAUGAUUUAAUUUUAGUUUGCUUUUAACUUUAUAUAUUAUAAACUUUACUCGCGCGUACAACAUGGUAACAUAAAAUUUAGGUUUUACCUCAUUAUUAGUUUUACUUUAUUAUUAGUUUACAUACUAAAAUAUUUAUUUAAAAAAAAUGUAGACAAUAUAAAAUUGUGUUCUAAAUGUUCUUCGCGUUUCGCGCUGUUGUAAAAAUCACCAACAUUUUUAGUUUAUUUUGUUUAUUUUGUGAUUGUAAAACUGGUUUUGUAUUUUGUUAUGUUAUAUUGAAACGUUUUCUUGUGAUUUAUAGAUAAAAGAGAUUUUUCGCGUGUAAAAAAAUACAUAAAUAUUAUAAAAUACAGUUUAGUUUAGACCAUUUGUUUUUCUCGAAAUUUCUUUACUAAAAAUAUACUAGAGAUAGAAGUGUCUUUUCUCCCCAGUCAUUGUUGUAAGAUUUAACAAAAAAGUAACAUGUUUUUAAAGUUGCCAAGUUAAAUGACAAUUUAAAUAGUAAAUUAAAGCUCCUGAUUUUUCUUAGCAUAGUUAUACUGAAUUGUAACAUUGUUUAAGUUAUAUGCAUGCAUAGAAAUGAGAAAUUAUAAACACCUUUCUUAGGUUACACAUUGAAAUAAAUUAAUUUUUUUCACAUCAUUAUUCCCGAUAAUAUAAAUUAACAAGAUAUAUCGAAAACUCUCUUUUUUUAUCAAUUGUCCUGCAUUUUAAUAAAUGCAUGUAUAUAAUUUAAUCAGCAUGUUUCUGUAUAUUUUCAGUAAAAACGAACAUUUUUAUAAUUGAUCAAAAUUUAUAAUUAUAAUUAUAUAAUUGAAUGUUUAAUUCAUAAAACCGAAAGGAAUAUGUAUUUUACCGUACUGUCAGACACAAGUGGAAUGUCGUGUCGGCAAAAUUCAUUUUAAUCUAUAAUGUGAGAAAAUAAAGGUAUUUAUGCAUGA